UACAAAUCAAAACAGUUGGAAAAGAACAAAAAGAGGUUCACACUUGUUCAAUUUCAAUGCUAUAAACUGCAAUUAUUUUUUCGCAUAUACCAAUUUAACAAAAAAAAAAAACACACUGCACUGAAGUAACUUCAUAAAAUUGUAGAAAAAAUACAAAAGAACAACAAAAAUAACUGUGAUUUCAAAAAAAAUAUUUUGUGUUGAUUAUAAAAACGCAAUUUUUUUAAAGAAAAACUAAAACAUUAAUAUUAUAAUUUUUUUGCCAUACACAACUACAAAGAAAGAAACAGAAGAAAAACGCAACUUUUGCAAAUAUUUUUAGAAGAAGAAGAAAGAAGAAGAAAAAACAGCAGACGACGAAUUCAUACGACAAAAAGCGACGACAGACAACACAAGCAACUACUACACAUAGCACGAGACGCAGAGAAGUGAAGGGGAAUAAAAUAUAUAAAGAAGUAACGCCAAAAAUAUAAAAAAGUAUAAUUAUUUUAAACAAAAUUAAAUUAAAAUUCGUUUGAAGUAGUUAACGAAAAUAAUAGAAAAAUAGUUUAGAAAUUUAUUACAAAGAAGAGAUUGUGGUAAUUUACAUUAAGUGUGCUAAAGAAGUAAGAGAGGAGUAGUAGUGUGAAGGAGAAACUACAGAAUUAAAUAAAUCCUUCAAAAGUCUACAGAGAAAAUAUAAAAUUAGCCACAGCCUUAGUGUUCUUUCCUCAAAUAUUCAUCUAAAAGCAAUAAUAUCCAGUGCUUUAUUUAACAAAAAACGCAGGACAAAAGAGAAAACAUCCCAACUGGCUCCAUACAAUCAAAACGUCAACACGAAAUCUCUAGAUAACGAGCAAGUAGAAAACGAAAUGGUAAUGGAUGCAACUCAACCCCAACAACCAUCGCCACAGUCGGUUGGACGUGAAUUUGUCCGCCAAUACUAUACUUUACUGAACAAGGCUCCUAAUCACUUGCAUCGUUUCUAUAAUAAUAACUCCUCGUUCAUACAUGGUGAAUCGACUCUUGUCGUGGGCCAAAAGAAUAUUCACAAUCGUAUUCAACAAUUGAACUUCCACGAUUGUCAUGCAAAAAUCAGUCAAGUAGACGCUCAGGCAACAUUGGGCAAUGGCGUUGUUGUUCAAGUUACCGGAGAGUUGUCAAAUGACGGACAACCUAUGCGUCGUUUUACUCAAACCUUUGUGUUGGCUGCACAGUCGCCAAAGAAGUACUACGUGCAUAACGAUAUCUUCCGUUAUCAAGAUUUGUACUCGGAUGAAGAAGUCGACGGUGAGCCACGCUCUGAGAAUGACGAGGAUCAUGAACAACAACAGGUGCCACAACCAUUACUAAGUGGCGGUCAUGCAGUAGUAGCUUCGCCAGCCACAGUUGUUGUACAGGCCAAUGAACAGCAAGCUCCUGUUGUAGGUGCGGUCAACGAGCCGCAAGUAUUGGCUAAUCCGGUAGUAGCUGGGUCGACCGCCGCUGCAGGUGUAUUGAAUCAACAGGCUCAAACUGUUUACUAUCCAAUGCCAGCAGCUGGAGGACGUCCUAUGGCAGUUUUACCACCACCUCCGGGUGCUGCUCCUGUCCCUAUGGCUGCAAAUUUCGCUAAUGCUGGUACAGGAGUCGCUCCGCAAGCGGUCCCAGCCGCUGGGGUUACUCAACUCAACGGAGUUGUCGCUCAUGAAGAACUUAUUACCAACAUACAACAACCAACUGUUGCUCAACAACCACAACUGGCCGCUGCCAAUCAAACUCCUUCACCGGUUUUAACACCAGCUGCGGGAACUGUUUCGGUUGGUAACGCUACUGUUCUUGGUGCUCAGACUCCUUCUGGAGUUGCCAGUGUUCCCGUGGCUGUAUCGGCCUCUGCAGCAACUGGUCUGCCCCAAAAUCCUGCAUCAGCGAUACCAAAUUAUCAACAAUCCCCUCUUAUUCCAACACAUAUCCUUCAACAACCUCAACAACAACAGCAGCAACAACAACCACAACAACAAUUACCGAAUACACCUUCCCAAAUACAACAGCAGCAACAGACUCUUCUCCAACAAUCGCAAACACCACUAAGCGCCGGCACAAACAUUACCGAUGUUGAAGAAACCACAAUCAACAUGUCGUCAAAUGCUCCUUCCUCGGUAACAGAACAACAACAGCAGCAACAACCAACCCGCCCUAACACAGCCGCUAAUGUUGUCGCCAGUGGUCAAACAGUCACUUCCUCAGCUUCAACCGUUCUUGAAGCAACUCCUGCUCCCGUUGUUGAAGAUUUCAAGACAAUCAAUGAACAGCAACAACAAGAGAAAUAUGAAGCUGCAAAGCAACAACAGCAACAGCAGAAAACAUAUGCCAAUCUAUUUAAGUCAUCUUCACCCAAUAGCUUUGUAAAAGCUGCCAUGCAACAACAGCAGCAAUUACAACAACAACAUCAGCAACAACAACAACAGCAGAAUGUCAGUAGUAUGUACCAACAGACCAAUUCUUCGAAUAUUUCAUCAUCAAAUACUUACUCACAAUCGGCCAGUUCAACCAGCUCUUCUAUGCCAGUCUAUGGUAAUCGUAAUAACGAGAACAACUCAACAAUGCGUCAGGAUAACAAUAAUAGUCAAGGUAGUGGUGGUCCUUUGCCUCAGCGUUCAAAUGCUAAAGGUUUCAAUAAAGAUUUUGAACAACGCCGCACCAGUAAUACCCAACAAUUUGGAGACAGUCAACAGUUGUUUUUGGGUAACAUCCCACAUCAUGCAUCAGAGGAGGAACUUAAAGCUCUGUUUAGCCGUUUCGGUCAAGUAGUCGAUUUAAGGAUUCUAUCGAAAGGCAGUGGCAAGUUACCACCUGGAGCCAGAAACCCCUUAAAUUACGGUUUUAUUACCUACAACGAUGCUGAGGCCGUACAAAAUUGUUUGGCUAACUGUCCUCUGUACUUCCCCGACUCUGCCGAUGGACAAAAAUUGAAUGUUGAAGAAAAGAAACCAAGAACUCGUCCCAACGAUAUGCCACCACGUCAAAGUAUGGGCGGCAGUGGCAUGAACAACAUGAAUAAUAACCAACGUAACAUGAGUGGUGGACCACCAUCGCGAUCAUUAUCAAACUCUGGCAGUGGAAGUAUGAUGCGUGGUAAUAGUGUGGGUAAUAACACCAACAGUAUGUCACGUGGUGGUUCUAGUAGUGGUGGUUCCGGUGGUCCUCCACGUAUGGGUGGUGCUUUUAAUCGUAACGAUAAUCGGCCCUCUAAUGGUGGUGGCAGCGGCGGUGGUUCUCAAAUGCGCGGUGGAAAUAAUAACUCACAAUCACAGGGUAACAGUUACGGCGUACGACGCUAACCAUUAAUAUUCUUCUAUCAUCCACAAACACCUCCAGCACCACAACCAACAUUACCACCACCACCUACACAGCAGCAACAACAAGCAGUAACGGCGGCAACAGCAACAACAAAUGUAGUAGCUCGUCCAGCGCUGAAUUGUUAUGCUAACACUACAACAGUUGUAGCUACCGCAACUCCUCAAUAAAAGAAAAAACAAAAGCAAAACACUCAAAUUUGGAAACACUCUCAAAAACGAAACGAAAAAAACAAAGCAACAACAGCUGAAAAAGUUACAGCAGAGUAAUUAAAUGUAAUCUUUAUAAGAUGUUUCAUGCCCGCGUAAGCUCCCAUUUUAGCGUUCCUUUUUAUUUAAAUAUGUUUUUAUUUACAUUUAUUUGUACUUUUAGUGAUUUUUUUACAAUAUUUUUGAUAAAUUUUGUAAAACAAAGUAUUUUAUUUUUCUUUAUGUGUAUUUUUUUUUUUAUUAUUAUUUUUUGCCUAAGCUGCCUUUUUAUGUAAAAAGCUGUGGCUGGAAAGCUGUUGUGAAAAUAUUCAAAAUUAAAAACAAUCUUGUGGUUUUUCAAUUUGAAAAAGAAAGAAACGUUUUUAUAGUAUUUAUUUUUAACAAAUUUUUAUAACAAAUAAAA